CGCCAGCGUGGACUGGUCUCGUGGCUGUCACAUCCUCAAAUGUGGUAAAUUUGUAAGUCAAACUUCUCUCUUAUGAUAUAGAUGUAGGUGGCAUCGUAAUAGUGAUAAUCUGAUGAGUGCAAUUCGUUAUAAUGGUAAAAAUGUAAAAGCCCCCAAAAAAGGAAAGAAAAAUCGCGAUGGGGAAGGAAGCCCGGGCACCCGGCUCCGGGAGUUGGCAGACGGUGGUGGUGGUGGCCGCGCUGCGACCGCCGCCCUCCGUUCCUCGCUACUCCUCGGUGGACGCCCGUGUCAGAUGCUCCAAUGUUCGGCGCCGUGCGCAGGAAUCCAUGGGGGCCGAUCGAGCGCUCAUUCCCCUGUCCGUCGCUCUCCCGUGACCCGCCGUGAUGCGCGCGCAUGCGCGGGCGGCGCCGGCCGUGACGCCCGGGCAGCGCGGAGGAAGGCGACGCCCACCGUCGUGGCGGCGCGGGAGGAAUGGGACAUGCACUCGCGGGGCUCGUGAGGAGAAACUGUGGUGGACCACGAGGGUCACUGCACACGCACGCCGCCUGUUCGAGAGAAUGGCUGAACCAUGGUGUGCCAGUGAGACUGCGAAAUCCUUGACUGCAGCAAGGAGACAAGGACCUCCGCCACCAGUUUUGAACGUGGAUCUCACUAUUAUCAGAAGUGCCAGGCAGAGGAGUCACAGGUUAAGGUGGGUAAGUAAGACAAAGGACUGCGCAUUCCGCUGGGGGUUGGGUGUGGGGAAGGCGAUGGAGGGUUGGCCGCGAAGUCAACCGCCAGCGGCAGGGGGCACGUGUGCCGCCGCCGCUUUCGGCCGCGCCAACGUCCCGCGCGCCAGGGCGCCAACGCGGCGGCGGCGCCGGCCCCGGCCCCAGAGCUGGGCGCCCCUUGGCGGGGACGAAGCACCGGCGGCGAAAAUCUUCUGGUGCACCCUGCCCUGCGUUGUGGUCUACCAGGCCCGGACAAAGCCGUCCGGUGGCGUAGCCGGCGGCGGCGGCUGCCCAUUGGCAGGUAGUAGCAUGCUGGAUCUGUUGCUGGCGGGCGUUGCGUUGCCGGCUGACCUUUUUUUCUUUUCAUCUGGUGCGGUGUCUCUCUCUUCAAGUCGUGCUGCGCUCUGGUACAGUGAAACUAGUACGGGGCCUGCCAUUGACAUUGACACGCGCACCAUUAUCGUGUCAGGGAAAUGAAAGAGACGCGAUUUUGAAAGAUGUAGACACACCGAUAGCCGGUGGGGGGAUUUAAAGACAGGUAGUAAACAUGUGAUUCUAUUGAAUUUCUUUUGUAACACCGGAGAGUGGAUUGAAUCGCAUCUGAUGUCGGUAAUAGUUUUCUCUUCUUUUAAUGUUU